AGACCCUGAGGCAGGGCAUGGGCACCCCAGAUGCCGAGGGGCAGCCUCCCUGUGGUCACGUCCGACCCUUCCUGAGCGAAUGACACUAGUGAGUCGCCACUCAAGUUUGUAAUUGUUCAACUGACCCUGACAACCAGAAAACUUCUUUCAUGAGAAGCAAGAAAGGAGGGGAAGGUGCUCUGCGAUGCUGCCAAUGCUUCCCAGUAACAAUGCCGUCACCUCCUCAGCGCUCUUCCUACUGAUUCCCCAACUGAGGUUUCCACUGCUGUGUCACUGACAGCUCCGGGGGCUGCAGAAGGCUGUGAGGAUGAGCUGUCCUUCCACCCCAGACUGUCACUGCCAGAGAAUUAGCUGAAGAGCCCCUCUCUGAGGCCUCCUCACGGACGGGGGGAACCUGACAUCCUUUGGCAUGAACGCCUCCACCCCCGGGAACGCCUCUGUGGGGGGCGCACGCCGGCAGGUCCCCGCCGUGCACUGGGUGAUCAUGAGCGUCUCCCCACUGGGCUUUGUGGAGAACGGGAUUCUGCUCUGGUUCCUCUGCUUCCGCAUGAGGAGAAACCCCUUUACCGUCUACAUCACCCACUUGGCCAUCGCCGACAUCUCCUUACUCUUUUGCAUCUUCAUCCUGUCUAUUGACUACGCUUUAGAUUAUGAGAUCUCCUCUGGCCACUACUACACAACUGUCACCUUAUCGGUGACGUUCCUGUUUGGCUACAAUGCAGGCCUGUACCUGCUGACGGCCAUUAGUGUGGAGAGGUGCCUGUCGGUCCUGUACCCCAUCUGGUACCGCUGCCACCGCCCCAAGCACCAGUCAGCAUGUGUCUGUGCCCUCCUGUGGGCACUUUCUUGCUUGGUGACCACGAUGGAACAUGCCAUGUGCAUCAACAGUGGAGAAGAGAGCCACUCUCAAAGUGACUGCAGGGCAGUCAUCAUCUUUAUAGCCGUUCUGAGCUUCCUGGUCUUCACCCCACUCAUGGUGGCUUCCAGCACCAUCCUGGUGGUGAAGAUCCGGAAGAACACAUGGACGCCCCAUUCCUCAAAGCUGUACCUAGUGAUCAUAGCCACCAUCAUCAUCUUCCUCAUUUUCGCCAUGCCCAUGAGGCUCCUCUACCUGCUGUACUACGAGUACUGGUCGGCAUUCGGGAGCCUGCACCACAUCUCCCUCCUCUUCUCCACUAUCAACAGCAGCGCCAACCCUUUCAUUUAUUUCUUUGUGGGCAGUAGUAAGAAGAAGCGGUUCAAGGAGUCUCUAAAAGUGGUUCUGACCCGGGCUUUCAAAGAUGAGACACAGCCGAGGCGCCAGGAAGACAACUGUAACGCUGUCUCACUUGAGACGGUCGUCUAAGGAUUGCAGAGAGAAAUCUCAAAUAAAAACGGUGGGGCACAGACCAUCUUUCAUUUGUGCUUGGAAUAUAAUUUCAGUAUCUCCCAAAUAUGAUACAGAAGGACACCCUAUCCCAUACGCAUAAAAUACUAUGAACCAUGAGCGUGUGCUCUUGUACGGUGUCUCCUGGAAAUGCUAAAUACCUGCCCGGCCGCUGUCAUUUCUGGACUUAGCAAAAACUCUUUCUGUUCUUCUCAGCGCUCUGGCAGCAUUUUAUCACAAACCAUAAAAACGCCUCUAAGAGGAAGAUUUACAGAUGUGUACAGGAAAAGCUUGAAAGCUUUUCAUGUCAUCACACCUCUACCGAAACAUUGGCAGAUGUUACAAUCUAACCAACCAUGUGCCAGAGCAUCAUCUCAGGUGGUGAAGAGAAACAUUUGGCCACGGAUAGGAGUGUCUCCUGGUUUCCUUUGCCUUUUUGGAAAUGCUAGAUGUCAUGCACCCAUAUGAAAUGGAAGUCUGUGCUGAAAUCCUUUGACUGCAUAUGAAUUUUCAGGAACAGAGCUUAAUUCCUGAGGUCAUGAGGGUGAUUGUGUUUUUGAAGACCCCUCCCCUCCCGCGGAGUGCUGAGUUGUUUACUCACCUGCAGUCAGAUGCAGGUCCCUGCCCCCCUUACCCUGUCCUCCUGAGAAUGUCCCUGUGUCAUUCCUGGGAGGAGACGUGGCAGGGGCUAAUGAGAGGGUGGCCACAGCUUGGAGGAGAUGAAUGGUUUCUUCAUGGCAGACCUUUAUGCGACUUUCUCAGCAUCUUUAUUCAGCACUGCCCAGGGCGGGCUCUGCCUCUCACCUGCUGGAAGCUGCCGUCCUCAGACUGUGUGGCCCAGAGUUUAGCAUCUUGUCCUAUAGACGACACCGCUGUGUUUAUCUCCUUUCCUCCCUCCUAGGAGAUCCGCGAGAAUGUCAGCAUUCCAUGAGAUCCUGUGGGGAA